GACAAAAGUGCUAAAGCAACGGCAGGGUUGGCGCCCAAUGUGCCACAGGGCCGUUAAAACUCUGGCAAAUAUGUCUCAACUACUAUUGAGAAGGCGAGGGGGAGUUUCAAAAUCAGUUCCUAAAAAUCUGUUAAUCAUCAGGAGACCGGUUUUGCAAAAUUGGGUACUGUAAAGGUUAAACAUUUACUAGCUCUCAAGAGACGACACUAUUCCUGGAAAUGAUGUGUUUUUUGUAAAAAAAAAUUAUGAGAAGCUAAGGAGAGGGGGAGUUAUGGAGAAAGAGUAGUGGAAUGGGGGAAACGGGACAGGUGAGAGAAAAGGAAGAGAUUUUGGGAAGGACAGGGAGAAGUGGUGAGGAUAGGGGCAAGGGGCAAAGGGAGUUUAGAGACUGUGAACAGAGAAAAGAUACAAGGUAGCCAGAGAGGGAGAGCGGUUGGGAAGCGGUGAAGGAAGGAGAUAUGUUGUGGGAAGAUGGAGUGAGCUACAACUGCCACUGUAGCAGAGGUGGUGAAUCACUCCGAAGCGGGAAGUUCCGGGCUUGUAUCACUGUCGGCGACCCAUGGGGAAAGUGGGAGUUUCCGAAGGCUCCGAUCCAGCUUCUGACUGCAGCGCCUCUGUCAAGGCCAAGGUGCUCCUGCUUGAGUUCGUGAAUUUACAAUUAACCCCAAAUAAAAGAAUAAUGAUCCAACCUUCUCGAAAUUCGGAAUGGAAAGUAUGCAGGACUGAACUUCGAACAGAAGACGCGCUGUUUCCGGCAGAGGCCACAAACUUAUCAAUCACCCUCGUAUACAGAGAAUGUUAUGGCUGAAGCUGCAUUGAAAGGCCAUAAAGAAGCAAAUGGAAUCUGAGUGCUCUACAUUGGAUGCCUCAAUAUUAGAAUGAGCUUUUCUGUGGUUCUCUGCCCUCUGGAUUAUGCUACACGCAAAUGAGGAGUUAUAACCUUAUGACCACUAGAGCAACAAAUUUAAGGGCCAAGAAUCUUCUGCCAGUGCUGAGGCUUCUACACUUACCCACAUACCUCUGGCAUACAUCUCAUCCGAAGACGUCCUGUAAACUUGUCCUUCAGGUGUGAAUCCUCUGGCACUGGGAAAGCUAGAUAGCAACACAGGUAAUUGAUCAUUCCACACCCAGGGAAGUUCAAUUCAUAGUCGAGUGAGUGGUCAUGAAUAACCAAGAGAUGGUAGCACUCCUACAGGAGUGCAAACAGGCCCUCGAUGCACCCCCAUCAGAACCGUCAGAAGAAGACAAGACAAAGUACCAGCAGUGCGAAGCUUCACUCUCUGCUGAUCUGAGGACCCUGCUGGAACAGGCAAAGGAAAUGAAGUGGCCCUUUGUACCAGAGAGGUGGCAAUACAAACAAGAAGUAUGCCCAGAAGACAAAACAAACCUAAAAGAUAUCAUCAGCAAGAAGCUGCCCAAUCUGUUGGUCUUUUUGAAAGCUUCUGUCUCAGUUGGUGACUACGCUUCAGCAGCUGCCACAGUCUUCUUGAUUGACAGGUUUCUAUACUGGGUCGAUGCAUCCAGCAAACUUCUGCAGGUUGCCAAGGGCUUGCAUAAGCGUUGCAUGGAAAUACCAAUUGCGCCACAGGUGGUUAUUCGCCAGGCCCGAGUCUCUGUAAAUUCAGGUAAACUUCUAAAAGCCGAAUAUAUCCUGAGCAGUCUGAUAAUUCAUAGUGGGGCAACAGGUACUUGGGUCUAUGAGAAAAAGAGUGAUCGCACACUGGUACAGGCUGUCAGUGUUCAGAUAAGGGGCCAGAUUCUCCAAAAACUUGGGCUAUGGUAUGAGGCUGCAGAGAUGAUCUGGGCUUCCAUUGUUGGAUUUAAUGAGCUUCCUCAACCGGAUAAAAAGGGAAUUUCCACAUCACUGGGCAUUUUAGCUGACCUGCUGGUUUCGAUGAGUGAUGAGGAUUACUACCACUUUAAGAAGAACCCUCAGAUGGACCUGAUCCUGGUUGAGGAAUGCACUGAUCGACUCUUAUCAGCUGCUGAAGCAAGCAAACUGGCAGCUGUGCUCAGUCAGUACAACCCACUCUAUGUGCUGACAAACCUGAAUAUUUAUGGAACAUGUCUCCUUUCUUAUAGUUUUAAGGGGAAUGAUUCAAAGGAGAAAAGUCAGUUCUACCUUUUACAAGCAAAAGAGGCUUUUGAAAUAGGGCUCCUUACGAAGAGGGAUGAUGAUGUUAUAACAAGUAAACAGGAACUGCAUGGAUUUGUUAAAGCUGCUUUCUCUCUUACAACUGUGCACAAGUGGCUCACGGGUAACAGUGAAAUCCUUGUGAAGAUGAGGCAACUGUGUAAAGAAGCAAUGAGAAAAUUAUACCUCUACAGUACUCAGAACCAGGAAGUUUUGGCUCAGGAGAUCAUGGAACUGACCAGCCAAAUUAAAGUUUCUUUGCAAAUAAAAGAUCUCUGCAAUUCUGACAGUAAGUCGUAUGUCCCAGACCACUAUAAACAUUACUGGGAUAAGCCAAUAGUGAAGAGAAGUAUGGCCUUUGAUGAAAUCCUAGCCAGGCACAAACAAUACCACAGAACAAUAUGCACAGUAUUUGAAGGUACUUGUAGAAGACAACAAAAUAGCAAGGGACUUUCAAAAUAUAGCUGUAUAACUGCUUUUAAGACAGAAACCAAAGAAUUUGAUACUGCUAAUGCCAAAGCAAGCAUUUCUCAUCAAUGUGAUCUUGAUGCCUCUCAGCAUUCUUUACCUAAAGAGAUGAAAGCAAUACAAAACAAACAGGAGAUGCAUAACAAGAGGCAUGAAUUAAUGAAGGUGGCCAAACCGGAGAACCAACAUGCAAACCCUUUGAAAGACCACACCUGUUCAAGGAAUGACCAACCACAUGGCACUGAUCGAAACCUGGGUGGUGUAACCCUGAAAGACAAGGGUAACACCAAGAAAGGAUGCUCAGACCAUUUGAGUGACUGCCAUGACUUCAGCUCCUCCUCGAAGUCCUGCCUGGAAAAAUCGGGGUCAGGAUUAUCUGACAGCUGGGAGGAAGUUAUCAACAGCAAGGACAGUGGAUCCCCCAGCAGUGGAAGUAAACCUCAUCCGCUCACCGUGGACACAGAAUGUUCAACGGUUUUAACUGAGGAAAUCAGAGAGCAUCAGCAGGAUGAUUUAGAAAAACAUACUGCACUUUCUGUCUUUCCAUCAGAACAUACAUUGUCUCAAACACAUAAACAGCUUAGUGAUUCAAAUAUUAACUGUACUCCAGGCAAUAUGGAGAAGAAAAUUCCUUCAGCUUUAUCUUCAGUUGAACACAGGUCUUCCACAGUGGCUGGCCCUGACGGAAAGACUGUUGAUGACAAUGCAGAGGACCAUGAACCAGACAGUUAUGUAGAGACCACCGGUCAUAAUCAGCGUUGUGAAUCUACUUGCCAAACUUCAAUAACUCAUUCAGAUUCAACAAACCUGAGGAAAGUUUCCAGUUCCUCUUCAUUUGAGAUGAUUGACUCUGAUGCAGAUACUGUUGAUGACAGAGAAAAGGAUAAUAAAACAAAUAAUUUUAUAGGGUCCCCUGGAUAUGCCCCAAACCCUCAUUCUUCAUCAGGUCCAACUGGUAAAGGCACAAUAACUCAUUCAGAUUCACUGAACAUUAGGAAAGUUACCUCAGCUUCUUUAGGAGAGAGUAACUCGUUUGAGAUGAUUGACACUGAUGCAGAAACUGCUGAUGACAUUCAGAAUGAUCUGAAUGAUUUUCAUAUGGGCACAAGUGAAAACAGCCUUAUGAAGUCCUCUUAUUCUCAGCCACGUCCAAAUGCUGUGGAGUCUGUCAUCAUUGACAGUGAUAAUUCAGGGAGCCUUGCAAAGAGAAGCCAGAUGAUAUCCAAGAAAAAUAGAUCAGUUGAAUUGAUCUCAGUUGACCCUACAGCAGAGACGGUUGAAGAAACAGAAGAAAGCCAUUUUCCUCCAAUUCCACAAGGAGCUUCUGAAAGUCAGCAUUCAGAUGAAAGCAAGAAACAGGAGACACAUCAUCAUGAUGCAGUCCAAAUGAAGGAUUGCUCUGCUCAGUCUAUGUUACCCGUCAAAGAAUUAGACAAAGAUCAUUGUAAGGCAUCGUUAAUAGCAGCUGAAAGUGCUGACGAUGUCGUGAGUAACCAGUCUCUGAACAGCAGCGUCAAUUCCAGCUCUUCCAACAGAUCAUGGUGCAAAUCACUUUUCUCAAGCAGCGGUUCCGACCUUGAAUAUAUAAGUUCACCACUAAGUUCAAGCAGCAGCUCUUUCGUGUUUCUUUCCAAAAAGGUGCAGAGCAUUAAGAAACGUGUUAUAACUGAUGAAGAUUAUAAGAUGUUGUGUGCAGGUGUAACCCACAAGUGGCUUCUAGAGAGAAUUACUGGUACUGGGGUAUUUUACCCUCACAAACUAAAAGACAUUUAUCGUGGUCUACUAUUCAAAUAUAACAAAAAAACUGACACUUGGACAGCCCAGGAAACUCUGGUAUAUACUGGGAAGUGUUUAGUUGUGGAUAAGCCAGGUGCCCAGAGGACUGCUUUGGAGACCCGCUUUCUGCAUCAGGAAGAAAUACUGGGCAGAUAUGUUGGAAAACAGUACAAAAGAGCAAAAGAACUUUCCUAUUACUUCAAUGAUGUCGAGCGGCAAAUGACUGCACAGCACUACGUGACGGUAUUCAAUAAAAGGUUAUAUGAGCAGCAAGUGCCAACACAAAUAUAUUAUAUUCCAGCCUCAGUUCUCUUGCUUUUGGAAGAUAACCAAAUUGUGGACUGUGUAAGCGUAGAGCCGUACAUGCUUGGAAAAUUCAUAAAACUAACCAACAACAAAAAGGCUGUUUGCAAAGAAUAUGAAGCAACAAUGUAUGGACUAGCAUUUGGACAUUUUACAUACGAGUUUUCAAACCAAGAAGAAAUAGUGGUUGAUUUACAAGGCUGGGUCACAGGAGACGGCAAAGGUCUUAUUUACCUAACAGAUCCUCAGAUUCACUCAGUGACAAAGCAGCGAGGGGGAUCUAACUUUGCAGACCAAGGCAUCAGAUAUUUCUUCAACUGUCAACACAAGGAAUGCAAUGAGAUUUGCCACAUUCUCACUUUGAAGAACCCUGGCAGGGACAACCUGGAAGAAAUAACUUCCGCAUAGUUUUGGGAAGUGUAUUUGAAUUUGUUAGGAUCUUUUCUCAUCCUUAUCAUUGCAGAAGGUGAUCACUAUGUAGCCCAGGUAACCUACAAGCCACUAUUCUAGCAGUUGCAUCAAGAUUAUCCUUGUUGGUAGCUGCUGGUGCUAACCGUGAAUCAGGAUGUGCAGUGUACCUUACAAAUGUCUGUGAAGCCAAGUCCACAUUACACAGAAUUACAACAGGAAAAGGUUCAACUUCCACUGCUUGCAGUAAACUUGGUCAAGACUAUGAAAAACUAUGCAUGCCCUCCACAUCUUGCAGCAUUUAGGGAUUGACAAUACUUUUAUUUCAGAAGUUUCACUUUCGUCUUUUUCCCUACAUUCCCUCUCCAAAUUAUUUCCCUUCUCUCCCUCUCACUCUCUCCUUUCUCACUUGUAGACAAGUACAUCUCCACAAAAUCAUUCAGAGUCUUCCCCAAUUAGAAACCCUGGAUGAACUAGGAGAACCACAAUCUGCUGAAAACCAGAUCAGAGGCUUUCAAGUCUGGUGCCCAGGAAAGUUACAAGAGGUAUGAUCUCCGGAAAAUCAUCUCAUGGGUGAAGUGGCAAUUCUGGACUAAACUUGAAUCAACAAAAGACAGUUGUGGCAGGGCUUGAAUACUAUCACCUCUUAUAAAGUUAAUUCAGACAACAUAGGCAACAGCUGGACUUUGCUUCCAGGUGAGCAUAGUGUUUUAGAUGCUCACCAUAACAACAACCUCUUACUCAAUGUCAGCAAGACCAAGGAACUGAUUGUUGACUUCAGAUGGAAAUCAGAGGUCCAUGAGCCAGUUGUCAUUGGAGGAUCAGAGGUGAAAAGGGUCAGCAACUUUAAAUUUCUGUGAUAUUAUUUUGGAAGACCUGUUCUGGGCCCAGCACACAAGUGCAAAUACAAAGAAAGCAUUUCCUUAGGAGUUUCCAGUUACUUGGCAUGACAUCUAAAACUUUCACAAACUUCUAUAAAUGUGUGGUAGCUGCAUCACAGCCUGGAAUGGAUACACCAAUGCUCUUGAACAGAAAAUCCUACAAAAUUUAGGGGAUACAGGCCAGUGAGUAAAGACUACCCCAUCAUUGAGAACAUCUACAUGAAACGUUGUCAUAAGAAAGCAGCAUUUGUCAGCAGAGACCUCCAGCACCCAAAACAUGCUUUCUUCUCGCUGCUGCCAUCAGGAAGGUGGUACAGGAGCCUCAGGACUCACACCACCAGGUUCUUAUUCCUCUUCAUGCUUCCUUAAAUUAUCCUCUUCUUCCUAUUGUCCCUCUCUGUGACCCUCUCUCUAUUACAAAAACAUACAAAUAGGAGUAGGAGGAGGCCAUUCUGCCCUUCAGCUUUUCUCUAACAACAUAAUGAUUAAUCUUUAUUUCAACACCGUUUUCCUGUUCUAUUUCCAUGCCCUUUCAAUCCUCUGCUAUACACAAAUACUUAAAUCUCUCUAUCAAAUACAAUCUACGCCAGACCCUGAAGUAAAAAAUUCCUAUCUGAAUAUUGAAAUUCGCCCUCAUUUCCAUUUAUGUGACAUAGCUCCUAUUUUGAGAUUGGUUUUAGUCUCAUCAGUUGGAAGAAGAAUUUCCCCAUAUUCUUUUCAAUCUCUUUGACAGUUUUCUACAUCCAAAUUGGGUUACCUGUCAUUCUAAAAUUUCAGGAAUAGCUAGUCUACUUAAUGUCCAUUCAAAUGGCAGAUGAGCCAUCCCAAGAAGCAGUCUGGUGAAUCCUCACCCUCCUCCCUCUUUUGCAACCAUGUCCUUUUUUCUUCGAUAGGUAAAGAGAUCCAAAUUACACAUAAUAUGACCAUUAUCAUCUCAAGAAAGGUUCACAUAAUUCUAGUAAAAAAUCUUCACUUUUGUACUAAAACUCUCUUGCAAUAGAGGAAAACAUCCCUUAACCAUUCUCAUCGCCUGCUGUACUUAUAUGUUUGCUUUCAGUGGGUUGAGUAUAAACACGUCAAGGCCCCUUUGAACAUUAAUAUUUUCCAAUCACUCACCAUUUAGAAAAUAAACAGUGCUUCUAGAUGUUUCUACCAAAUUUAAAUAUUUAAUGUUUUAAUCACAUUGCAUUCUAUCUGCCAUGAAGUUGCCCAUUCUUACAUGUUCAUCAUUGCUCAUUUCCCUAUCAUUGAUAAACCUGGAAAUGUUACAUUUGGUCCUACCAGACAAUAUAUCUAUAUAGGUUGUGAAUAGAGUCAAGUGCUGAUCUUUGUGAUAACCCCACCAGACCCAACUUGUGGUGAACCCAUUUAUUCCUACUCUUUGUUUUCUGUCUGUUAACCAAUUGUCAAUCUACGCAAAUAUAUUACUUCUCGAUGUACUGCAAGUAUGGGGUCUAACAACCUCAUGUUUGGGACGAUGUUGUAUGUCUAAUAAAAAUCCAAGAACUACAUUCCACUGUUCCCCCAUCCAUCUACUGCACUACAUAAUCUUUUCUGCACUCUUUCUAGCUUAAUAGCAACAAAAUAUUAGCAACAUUGAGCAAAUGAAAUCAAGGUUAGGUAACACACAAAAUGCUGGAGGAACUCAGCAGGCCCGGCAGCAUCUAUGAAAAAGAGUAAAAGAGUCAAUAUCUAGGGCUGAGACCUUUCAUCAGGAUGGGUCAAGGAUACGCGAGAGGGUGAAUACAGAGCUCUGAGGAGCAUAGGGGCUAUAGAAAUUGUUACAAGAUGGCUUCUAGCCACAUUUAAACACAAGGAGGAUUUUAGCUCAUCAAUGCAACUCGUUUUACAUUGAAAUUUAAAAGAGAAAUGCUUUCAUUCAGAUCAACCAUUGGACAUUGGUGCUCUAUGAUUGUUUAACUAUAAAUGAAGCCCCUUUUACCCAUGACAAAUUGUAAUUAUUUCUUGCUCAGCAGCCUUAAUUACAUAUUUAAUGUUGUAAUGUCAUAAUAUUAAAAAUGUCAAUGAAUACCGUUAUGGAUUAAAAUUUUUGCAGCAAAUUGUAUUUUUAAGUUCUGCAUUUUAACUAAGAAACAAAAAAACAUAGAAAAUCUACAGCACAUUACAGGCCCUUUGGCCCACAACUUUGUUCCAACCAUGUAACCAACUCUAGAAACUGCCUAGAAUGUCCCUACUGCAUAGCUCCAUGUACCUAUCUAAGAGGCUCUUAAAAGACCCUAUUGUAUCCACCUCUAUCAACUUUGCUGGCAAUGCAGUCCACGCAUCCACCACUCUCUCUGUGGAAAAACUUACCUCUGACAUCCCCCCUUGUGCCUACUUCCAAGCACCUUAAAACUAUGCCCCUUCAUGUCACCCACUCAUCAUCUUAUACACAUCUAUCAGGUCACCUCUUAUAUUCCAUCACUCCAAGGAGAAAAGGCCAAGUUCACUCAAUCUAUUCUCAUAAGGCAUGCUCUCCAAUCCCUGCAACAACCAUUUAAAUCUCUGCACUCUCCCUACAGCAUCCAAGAAUAAUAUUCUAAGAAUAUACAUGAUUAUUAUAUUUCAAAAUCUGCUUUUUCAAUCACUGCUGAAUGUCUUCACUGUUACAGCAAUCCUUCAUGUUUUGAAAAUUCAAACACAAGUUCAGCUCAAACGAGUUAGCAUGAAGUAAUUGGCCAGAUUCUGUUUAAUUUCUGUUGCUGUUUUUGUGGGUGUGACUUUUUCCCCAUUGGCCACUGUAUGAAACAUACCCAUACACCUCAUUAAUACAAAUAUCUAAUCAGCGAAUCAUGUGGCAGCAACUCAAGUGCAUAAAAGUAUGCAAACAUGAUCAAGAGGUUCAGUUGUUGUUCAGAUCAAAUAUCACAUUGAGGGAAGAAAGGUGAUCCAAGUGAUUUUGACUGUGGAAUGAUGGUGCCAGACUGGGUGGUUUGAGUAUCUCAGAAACUGCUGACCUCCUGAGAUUUUCUGGCACAAUAGAGUUUACCGAGAACAGUGACAAAAACAAAAUACAUCUAGUGAGCAGCAAUUCUGUGGGUGAAAAAGCCUUGUUAAUGAGAGAAGUCAGAGGUAAAUGGCCAAACUAAUUCAAGGCAACCAUAACUCAAAUGAUGACACUUUAUAACUGUGGUAUGCAGAAGAGCAUCUCUGAAUGCACAACAUGUCGAACCUCAAAGUGGAUGGCUGCAGCAGCAGAAGACCAUGAAUAUACAUAUAUACAGGAGGUUCGUACUAAAGUGGCCGCUAAGUGUAUGUGCCACUGUAUAAUUAAACUGGAACAUCUCAACUAGAAGAAUAGUUAUUUCUCAACCACAAAUUCUUAGUACUUCACAUGGCCUGAAGCUUUUGCUGUAUUCAUUGCACCAUUAUUAAUAACACUUUUUAAAAAAAGUGAAUUGUGGUAAGCUAUCACUGCAGGCAAUGAAAAAGCAAACAAAGGCAAAACGGAUUUGUGGGAUGUGCCGUGCUAGUUGGAGUGAACGAUCUGGAGGGGAGAAGACGGGACAGGGGAGUUCCAAUGCCCGUCCAACUAACCCGGGUAUGAAGGUGUAUCGCUAUAAACACCAAGCCGAAUUGGUGAGGUCGAGUAAGGCUUCUUCAGCAGCGAAAUCUAGGCCAGUGGCAGGGCCAGAGUCCUAGUGUGAGAUUCGGACACUUAAAUGCCGGUCCUAAUGAUCUGGGGGCUUCUCUCUGCAACACUAAGGCUGUGAUACUGUCCCCGGCUAACAUGAUGACUUAAAUACCAAGGCUUUGGGCCUACUCCAUGCUGCACCGCUGACUUGGCUCGAAGGACUCAAUUUGGUUCAGACUGCUGUUGUUGCUCACUUCUAUUGCUCUUAUGAUUUGUUUUGUGUGUCUUUUUAUUCCUAUUUCUUUGUGGGCAUGGGGGGUUGGGGUUGCUCUUAUUGUUAAAAUUGGGUUCUCUCGGGUUCCUUGCUUUGCAACUA